AUGCCUCCUCUCCGCCCCCUCAAGAUCAACAACCUUCGCCUCUCUUUCUCCCACCGCCUCUCAUCAACCUUCACCUCCCGCCCCGCGCCGCCCAAACUCCCCGCCGCCCAACAAGCCGAAUUCGAGCGCCUCCAACGCGCCGCCGCAGUCUCCUCCGCCUUCCAAGACAUCCAAUCUCAGACUCAAACGCAAACUCCUCCGUCGACGGAAUCUCCCCGCCACGCAACAAACGUCGCCGCUACCACUACAAAGAACAGCAGCGACGGCGAAAGCUCGCUGAACCAGGGCCUGUUCCGCGGCGCGCCGCCAGAAUUCGAGGGCGACAAGAAUCCCAAGACGGGCGAGAUUGGGGGCCCGAAGAAUGAGCCUUUGCGGUGGGGUGGGGAUGGCGACUGGAGCUAUAAUGGCAGGGUGACUGAUUUCUAA